AUGAUCAAGGACACGUCGCCGCCGGAGCUACCGCAGCGGCUUUUCACUCUGCACAAGCAAUGGGACACCAAAGCGGCGUCAUUGUUGCGUGGGCUCGAGCACAUGCAGAAUUGCUGCAGUCCUGAGCGCUGUAGUAGUUCACUGUGUCGAUCCACGCGCCGGCUAUUGAAGACAUACGCGACCCAUUCGUGUCUUUGUAAACCUAUCGAUAAUAAUGGAGAUAGCAGCUUCAGCUGUCGCGUUUGCAAGCUCUGGCACUUUCUCAUGACCAAGCAACGAGUGCACGAGCUGGACCAUGCACGAGUGCUGGAGAGAAGGCUUGACUGCAGGCUGAAGCUCGUUCAGCUUUGUCGGAUGAUGCGCUUGAGUGACCCGUGGCGCCGGAUUAUUGCUGUUACUGUACAAAACAACGCACAGAACAGGAUGCGUCGCACGUAA